AGCAUUCCAACAAGUUACUUCCUCCUUCCUUUGUUCUCCUCUACCUUUGCCUCUUCUAAAAAGUUCUAAGUUGCUAGUCAAUCCGGACAAACACUGAAUGUGAGGUCCCAUUCCAGCCAAUGGAAACCAGACACAGCAGUAGGGUGGACGCGCCACGUUAUAAAUGACCCUGUCUCCUUUAUUCAGUGCAGUCCCCUGGCAAAACUGCUGGCAAGUGUACCCUUUCUGCAGGAAGUAAAAAUGACCUUACUAAAUAAAUUAAAUUUAAGUUCAAGUUCUAUUUCUUUACAGCACCGAGGAACGAGCAUUUCAAACAGGUUGAACACCUUGAUGGGUUCAGGGUGGCCUGCCUGAGACCUCCAACUAGUCUGCAGGGCACUGUCACGUCCAGUCGUUUCCCGAGGCCUAAAAUGGGUAGGCACUGGCUCAAGGCCACACAGUCAAGACCCCAGGGUUUGUAGGCCUCCUCCUGUCACCCUCGGGUAGAAGGCGGCCCAAGGCUGAAGACCGAGGUCCAGGGAGGCGCCUUUCCAAUCAUGCCAGGGAGGGCAGGUCUCAGACGCCGGGGCUGCAAGUAAUGGAGGCCGUCACCGCAGAUGCCACCUGCCGUGCCCUGCUCUGCCGCCCACGCCAGCGCCGAACCCGGAGCUACCCGCCCCCCACCCGUAACCCCCUCGAGUACCGCGCGAGCCGCUUCGUCGCCAUUCCCAACACUCCCUGCUGUUCCAAGUCCAGCUGCCGGAAGUCGCUCGACUUCUACUUCCGCCAUGGAGCCAGAGAGGGAAGGGACCGAGAGACACCCCAGGAAGGUCAGGAAAAGGAGGCAGGCCCCAAACAAGCUGGUCGGGGCAGCUGAGGCGAUGAAAGCCAGUUGGGAUCUCGAGGAGAGUCAGCCCGAGGCCAAGAAAGCCCGCUUAUCUACCAUUUUAUUUACUGACAACUGUGAAGUAACCCAUGACCAGCUGUGUGAAUUGCUGAAGUAUGCAGUUCUGGGCAAAUCCAAUGUUCCAAAACCCAGCUGGUGCCAGCUUUUUCAUCAAAACCACCUAAACAACGUAGUGGUUUUUGUUCUGCAGGGAAUGAGUCAGCUACACUUUUACAGGUUCUAUUUGGAGUUUGGAUGUCUUCGAAAAGCAUUCAGACAUAAAUUCCGCUUGCCUCCACCAUCAUCUGAUUUUCUAGCUGAUAUUGUUGGGCUACAAACAAAACAAAGAGCUGGAGAUCUGCCCAAGACAAUGGAAGGGCCUUUACCUUCUAAUGCAAAAGCCACCAUCAACCUUCAGAAUGACCCCAUCAUUCAAAAGUAUGGCUCUAAGAAAGUGGGCUUGACCAGAUGCCUUCUGACAAAGGAGGAAAUGAGAACGUUUCACUUUCCAUUACAAGGUUUUCCUGAGUGUGAAAACUUUUUACUUACCAAAUGUAAUGGUUCUAUAGCAGACAAUAGUCCUCUCUUUGGACUUGACUGUGAAAUGUGCCUCACAUCUAAGGGGAGAGAGCUAACACGCAUCUCACUGGUUGCUGAAGGAGGCUGCUGUGUUAUGGAUGAACUGGUCAAACCUGAAAACAAGAUUCUGGACUACCUCACCAGCUUUUCAGGAAUCACGAAGAAGAUUCUUAACCCAGUGACGACCAAACUCAAAGAUGUACAGAGGCAGUUAAAAGCACUGCUUCCUCCUGAUGCUGUGUUAGUGGGCCACUCCUUAGAUUUGGAUCUCAGAGCACUGAAAAUGAUACAUCCAUAUGUUAUUGAUACAUCAUUGCUUUAUGUCAGAGAGCAGGGCAGAAGAUUUAAGCUGAAGUUCUUAGCCAAAGCUAUUUUGGGGAAGGAUAUACAGUGUCCAGACAGACUUGGUCAUGAUGCCACAGAAGAUGCUAGAAUAAUCCUUGAAUUGGCUCAGUAUUUCCUUAAGUAUGGCCCAAAAAAGAUUGCAGAACUAAAUCUAGAAGCACUAGCUAAUCACCAAGAAAUACAAGCAGCAGGCCAAGAGCCUAGAAACACAACAGAAAUACUUCAGCAUCCAAACACAAGUGUUUUAGAAUGCUUGGAUUCAGUGGGUCAGAAGCUUCUUUUUUUGACCCGGGAGAUAGAUGCUGGUGAACUUGCGUCUUCCAGAAACUGUCAAACUAUAAAGUGUCUUUCAAAUAAAGAGGUUCUUGAGCAGGCCAGAGUGGAAAUCCCCCUGUUUCCCUUCAGCAUUGUUCAGUUCUCUUUUAAGGCCUUUUCACCUAUCCUCACCGAGGAGAUGAACAAAAGGAUGAGGAUCAAGUGGACAGAGAUAUCAACUGUCUAUGCUGGGCCAUUUAGCAAAAAUUGCAAUCUCAGGGCUCUGAAGAGGCUAUUUAAGAGCUUUGGCCCAGUCCAGUCAAUGACUUUUGUUCUUGAAACCCGUCAGCCUCAUCUCUGUAUACAGUAUGAAGUUCUAGAAGCAGCCCAGCUGGCCAUAGAGUCCUUGGAUGGUAUUCUGGUAGAUGGUACCUGCAUCAAGGUGCAGAGGCCUGUGACAGAGCUCACGCUUGAUUGUGAGACCCUCGUGAAUGAGCUGGAAGGAGAUUCUGAAAACCAAGGCUCUAUAUAUCUGUUUGGAGUGAGUGAAACCUUCAAAGAACAGCUGUUGCAGGAGCCCCGCCUCUUUCUUGGCCUCGAAGCUGUGAUCUUGCCUAAAGAUCUUAAAAAUGGAAAGCAGAAAAAAUACUGUUUCCUAAAAUUCAAAAGUUUUGACAGUGCCCAGCGGGCCCUCAACAUUCUCACAGGCAAGGACUGGAAGCUGAAAGGCAGGCAUGCUCUAACCCCCAGGCACCUCCAUGCCUGGCUCAGAGGCUUACCACCUGAAUCAAGAAGGCCCGCAGGGCUUCGUGUUGUACCUCCCCCUUUUGAACAGGAGGCCUUGCAGACUCUGAAACUGGACCACCCAAAGAUAGCAGCCUGGCGCUGGGGCCGGAAGAUUGGAAAGCUCUACAACAGCUUGUGCCCAGGCACUCUCUGCCUCAUCCUGCUGCCAGGAACCAAGAGCACUCAUGGUUCACUCUCUGGCCUAGGACUGAUGGGAAUAAAAGAGGAAGAAGAAAGCACCAUCUCAGGCCUGUGAUCAUGAGUCGGCCUGCCAUGUUUCCAUGUGCCAUUUCUUACGCCUUGUAGGCAAUGGCAAAGAAUGUGGUCAGGCUGUAGUCUCUCCAACCAGCAGACAGCUUUUGUGGAAACUUGGUAUAGCAGCUAAAAGAGUUUAGUUUGUUUAUAUGGCAUGUAUAAGUUUUCAAUAAAUGCCUAAAGUUCAAGCAUAGUA